UAAUUCGUUUCAGACUAAAAUGGAACAAAUGGCUCAGAAACACGUAAUGAAAGGUAAACAUGUUAUCGUAAUUAGUGGAGGGUCGUACAGAAUGAGAACUUUAGGGCCAGAUGCUGACAGUUACGGCAUUAAGGUUACUCUUGUGGAACAUGACUCCAACCACCUUUCAAUUAAUGGUGUUCAUUGUUUUAUCGAAUACGAUUAUACUGAUCAUACACGGGACCAUGAGCAUGCAAGUGAAAUUGUUAGAUUGAUUCACGAAAGAGGAAUAAAAGCCGAUGGUUGCCUAUCAUUUUGUAACGAGUGUACACCUUUGGCAGCGUUAAUUUGCGAAAAGAUGGAUUUAAGAGGUGUUACCUACAAUGCAGCCGUAAUAGCUACUUCGAAAUCAUUGACACAGAAUGUUUUGAGAAGGAGAUCAAAAGAAGGUGAUGAUUCAAACACCGGUAUAUUUGCUACACAUGCGGUUCACCUUAGAAGUGCAUUGGACUGUGACAGGUUACCGGAAAGCUUCAAGUUUCCUGCAAUACUGAAGCUGGAUAAUUGUUCAGCAGCCGUUGGCGCAUGUAUGGUUAAAAGUCAAACGGAAAUGAAAACUAAGUUUCAAAAAGUAACAAGCUCUCUUCGUACUGACUCGGACUUUCCUCACAUUGGACUUAAUCUUGGCAAUUCAAUGACAGCUUGGGAGUUUUACGUUGGCACUGAACAUAUUGUUGAUGUCGUUAUAUACGACAAGACUCUGAUAUGUGCAUUUGUAACCGACAGCGGAGUAGUGAGACAACCGUAUUAUAUAGCUACUGCUAGACGUAUGCCUACAUUUUUACCAAAAGAACAGCGUAACCAAAUCAUUGACGCGGCAUUUAGAUGCUGUCUUGGAAUAGGGCUGACAGAUGGAUUAUUUAAUGCCGAAUUUAUGAUGACAGCAAAUGGACCUAAACUAAUAGAAAUAAAUCCAAGAAUGGGAGGAUAUGUCUUCAGGGAUUGGCUACAGAAAUUAUACGGAAUUGAUAUAAUGUUUUAUGCAAUGAUGAUUGCAAGCGGAAUAAAGCCUGAAAUGCCAGACUUUUCGGAAUCUACAAUACAAAUGGGCGUGAUGGUCGUACCAUCUCUACAUAGUAAACUACUGACAGAAAAUCAUUCAAAUGAUAAAUUGAGAAAAAUGAUUGAAAGUGGGGAUGUCCUUUAUCUACAGUUUCUUGAAAAACCUGAGAAAUCUUCCCCUUAUGAAAAACCUUUUGGAAUUGUUGCUGUGUCUAGUUCAAGUUCUAUUGAGACAAAGACAAAGUUGAUGAACGUGUGUAAAACGCUGCACAUAGAUCAAAAGGAAUAUCAAGUUGAACAGUUUUUAAAGAAUUUUUGAAUUUCAUGCAAUUCAGUAUAAUAUAGAACAAUGUUUAGAUUAUUAUAAUUAAAAGUAAAUUUUAUUUUAUCAAACAUUAGAAAAUUGUUUACAUUUUAUAGAUAUAUUUAAUCAUUUAACUACGCAUUAUAUAUAGGCAAUGCUUCUUCUUUAUUCAUCAUUUAAUGAGUACUAGUUUUGUGUGCAUUCAACUUGCAAUUAUGAUUAGUUUACGCGCAUUGUAAUGCUCUCUACAUGCGUUGAGAAUAUAAUAAAAUCAGAUCGAUGAUUUCUUUAUUAAAAAUUAAUUAAUUUAUUAUAAAUAUCAUUA